AGAAAUUUUGAAAUUACAAAAAUAGUAUUACAUUGUUGUUUCUUAAUAUACGUUGGUGUUUCACGUGCAAAUUAAUCGCAGUUCUUCUUGUUUAAUCUCAGUUCCAAUUCAUAUAGAUCUUAAAUGAUCUUAUAGCUGAUCUCCAAUGUCGUCUUUUAUAUUCGUACUAAUGACAACACAUUUUCGAUCUUUAGUAUUCACAAUGUACUAGUGUAGUGUUGCAAGUAGGGAACCCUGGUUUUCAAUGCUGUUCUCAUGUUUUUCUUCACUUCUCAGUUCUCAUUACUUCCCCUUCUACUUGUGAAAACUUGUUUCAGAUUUUUAUGCCCCGUUUCCCAGUACUGCCUUUAGAUUUAUCCACAUUGCGAGUCAGUCAUAAUGUAGUUAUGUAGGGCUAGGCCAGUGAUGUUCAGAUUAGGCUACAUCCCUUUGAUCAUCCCAUAGUCCUGUAGAAAAGAAACUGUUAUCGGCUUAUCGUUAUCGGAUAAAAAUAAAUAGGAACACAAAAUGUCUCACCUAAUUCACCGUCUUCUUUGUUAGUAUGUUACCCUGGUAAGUUGGAUCCGGUAAGAGGCACCAUUAAAUUUCUCAGUUCUCACCUCAUGCAGGGUACUAAUGGUGGCCAAAAUAUUAAAUGAAGCAAAUAUAUCCACACACACAAAUUUAACACAUAGUGGUAACUGGUAAUGCAGCAGGGACAUAGAGCAUUGAAUUUGACCAUAAGAUACAUGGUGGGAUACUGGGAUUUACUGACCACUGACCAGACAAGAGCGUACGUGUGUAUAAAUGCUCUGCUGCUGCGUGACACUGAAUUAAUCUAAUAUUUCUCCAUUUUUCUUGUAUUUCACCCAUAACAACCAUGGUCUCGCAGAUCUCGAUAUAGUUAUAUACAGUUAAAUCUUUUUAAAAUAAUUAUCUUGGAAUUACGAGAAAAAAUUAUUUUAUCAAUUUUAUUUUUUCUGUCGAGAGUAUAGACUGUCUGUUAUGUUGGGACUGGAAAAAAAAAAUAUUAUAGUAGUGAGAUUAUUAUUUAUCGAGAUUUGAGGUUUGAUGGACCAUAUGGUAUUAAAACCGACCAAAAAAAAUCUCGUGAGAAUGUAUGCGCUCUGCAGAAGCCCUUGAGCUCCUCAGAAAGACAUGCCCUUUGUGUCUGUCUUUCUCUCUCUGUUGAACAAAAGAUACUCGUGAUGAAGAGCCCUUAAGUUUCACGAGUUUCUCUGUGAAGCAGCUCCUGAGAUUAAGAUUACUAGGUACUACAUUUUCUUUUGCCUUCAAAUACCCCCAGAAGUCUUGCUCAGAACCAUGCAGCAGAACUCACUAGCAUAAUUAGUGUUUUUAUUCUCUGAUGGAGUUCGAAAAAGCUACCCUUUUCGCCAUUCUUUUAGUCUACGUUGUUUCUGUUGGUAGUCAUGGUCUGCAAACCUACAUAAUUCAGCUACAUCCGCAAGGGAUAACCAGGUCUCUGUUUGCCUCGAAGCUGCAUUGGCACUUGUCGUUUCUUGAGAAGAGCAUUUCUGCAGAAGAAAGCCCGUCUUCACGCCUUCUCUACUCUUACCAUUCUGCCAUGGAGGGGUUUGCAGCUCAGCUUUUGGAGUCUGAGGUUGAUGCUAUACGUGAACUGCAUGAUGUCGUGGCAAUAAGACCUGACAGGCGACAUGAAGUUCACACAACUUACUCGUACAAGUUCUUGGGGUUAAGUCCUGCUAAAGAAGGUGCCUGGGUGGACUCAAAUUAUGGCAGAGGCGCGAUUAUUGGUGUGCUGGACACUGGAGUCUGGCCUGAGAGUCCGAGCUUUAGUGAUCACGGGAUGCCUCCAGUUCCCAAGAAAUGGAAAGGGAUAUGUCAAUUAGGAGAACAGUUCAAUUCUUCGAAUUGUAACAGGAAAAUAAUUGGCGCUAGGUACUUCAGUAAGGGCCAUCGCGUGGCUUCACCAACUUCAUCACCAGAUGUUGUUGUGGAAUAUUUGUCAGUGCGUGAUUCGCAUGGCCAUGGGACACACACUGCAUCGACUGCUGCUGGUGCUGCAGUUCCUAUGGCAAAUGUACUGGGGAAUGGGGCAGGUGUGGCUCGAGGAAUGGCCCCGGGUGCCCACAUUGCUGUAUAUAAAGUUUGCUGGUUCAGUGGUUGCUACAGCUCAGAUAUACUAGCUGCGAUGGAUGUUGCGAUAAGAGAUGGAGUUGAUGUACUUUCGCUUUCCCUAGGAGGCUUUCCAAUACCACUUUACGAGGACAGUAUAGCUAUUGGAAGUUUUCGAGCAAUGGAGCAUGGUAUUUCUGUCAUAUGUGCAGCUGGAAACAAUGGACCAAUCCCCAAUUCAGUUGCCAACGAGGCUCCUUGGAUUGCUACUGUCGGUGCGAGUACACUUGACAGGAGAUUCCCAGCCAUAGUUCGUCUCAGCAAUGGAAAAUUCCUUUAUGGGGAAUCCAUGUACCCAGGGAAGAAUAGUGCAAGUGCUGCAAAAGAGCUUGAGCUUGUUUAUCAUGCUGACAAUCUACAUGGAGGUGAAUACUGCAUGAAGGAUUCUCUUCCACGAGCAAAAGUUCAAGGGAAGAUGGUGGUUUGUGAUCGAGGUAUCAAUGGGAGGGCGGAGAAAGGUCAGAUUGUGAAGGAAGCAGGUGGUGCAGCUAUGAUUCUGGCAAAUACAGAGAUAAAUCAAGAGGAAGAUUCUGUCGAUGCUCAUGUGCUGCCAGCAACUUUAAUAGGGUACACAGAAUCAGUUCAGUUGAAGAAAUAUAUUAAUUCUACAAGAAAGCCUAAAGCUCAAAUCAUUUUUGGAGGAACCAGCAUUGGCAAAUCAAGAGCACCAGCUGUUGCUCAGUUUUCAUCGAGGGGUCCAAGUUUUAUGGACCCUUCCAUUCUCAAACCAGAUAUGAUUGCUCCAGGGGUCAACAUUAUCGCGGCUUGGCCUCAAAACCUGGGUCCUGCCGGAAUUCCAGAUGAUUCUAGAAGAGUGAACUUUACUGUCAUGUCUGGUACUUCCAUGGCUUGCCCUCAUGUAGGUGGAAUCGCAGCUCUGAUCCACUCAGCUCAUCCAAAAUGGACACCAGCUGCAAUCAAAUCUGCACUGAUGACAACUGCAUAUAUAACCGACCAUUCAGGAAAACAGAUCAUGGAUGGAGAUAAACCUGCAGGUCUUUUUGCUACUGGAGCUGGACAUGUAAAUCCAGUAAAGGCCAUCAGUCCCGGACUGAUAUACGAUAUAAGCCCUGAUGACUAUGUCACUCAUUUAUGCACACUUAAAUACACAAAAUCAGAUAUUUUUACAAUUACACACAGGAAUGUGAGCUGCCAGGAUAUUAUACGGAAGAACAGGGAUUUCAGCCUCAAUUAUCCAUCAAUUUCUGUCGUUUUCAGGCCUGGGAUGAAGAGCAAGAUGAUUAAAAAGCGUCUGACAAAUGUGGGGAGUCCUAAUUCCAUUUACUCUUUAGAAGUUAAGCCACCUAAUGGAAUCAAAGUAAGGGUCAGACCACGAAGACUGAUAUUCACAGACAUAAACCAGAGUUUGAGUUACAGAAUCUGGUUUAUAUCGAGGAACAGGACAGCUUUAGAGAGGUUGAGCAACAGUCAAGGGUAUCUUUCAUGGGUGAACUCACAAGAUAUCUACCAAAGGAUCAGAAGUCCUAUAUCAGUCACAUGGUCAUCGAAGAAGGAAAGAUAACUGCAGAUGUUGCUGUUAUCACCUUCUUAACUCUUGAUUAUUAUGAUUAAAGCUUAUUAUCAUAUGAUUACGAUGGUAGAUUUCAACACACACAUCAUAGAUGUUUAGAAGAUUUAUCAUUUGCUCAUAAAGAACUGAAAAUAUGACAACACAUUUUUAUCAUCAUAUGUCAACUACUACAUAUUUAACUUCA